GAGGGAGUGUCCACACAGCUCCUGUUCCCUCCCGACAGGAGCUCCCAGAGAGGCGGACUAGCUGACAGACUUGCCUGGUGGAUUCCCGGCUCUGCCAAGUGUAACAAACCCAGAACCCUCGGCAGCUGCCGGGACACCAAGUUUACCCUCCAGGACCUCACUGGAGAAGCAGGAGACGGGACCUCUACAGGGAGAGGGCAGGCCGGCUGUUGGGGCCACCGAUGUGGCCCCAAGGCCGAGCCCAGUCAGGGUCUGGCCUCAGCCUCAGCCUCCCAAGGAGCCAUCCUUCCACCCCAUGGGGUGGUCGCUGCCCAAGGAGAAAGGGAUAAUUCUCUGCCUAUGGAACAAAUUCUGCAAAUGGGUCCACAGACAGGAGUCCUGGACUCAGAGCCGAGAUGAGCAGAUCCUGCUACAGCAGAAGAGGAUUUGGGAGUCUCCUCUCCUCCUAGCAGCCAAAGAAAAUGAUGUCCAGGCGCUGAGUAAGCUGCUCAAGUAUCAGGGCUGCAACGUGCACCAGAAAGGAGCCAUGGGAGAGACAGCUCUGCACAUCGCCGCCCUGUAUGACAACCUGGAGGCCGCCAUGUUGCUGAUGGAAGCCGCCCCAGAGUUGGUCUUUGAACCUAUGACUUCUGAGCUCUACGCAGGUCAGACUGCACUGCACAUCGCCGUCAUGAACCAGAACGUGAACCUGGUGCGCGCCCUGCUUGCCCGCGGGGCCAGCGUCUGUGCCAGAGCUACGGGCUUUGCCUUCCACCUCAGCCCCCACAACCUCAUCUACUAUGGAGAGCACCCGCUGUCCUUUGCUGCCUGUGUGGGCAGUGAGGAGAUCGUCCGGCUGCUCAUCGAGCAUGGCGCUGACAUUCGGGCCCAGGACUCCCUGGGAAACACGGUGCUUCACAUCCUCAUCCUGCAGCCCAACAAAACCUUUGCCUGUCAGAUGUACAACCUGCUGCUGUCGUAUGAUGGAGGGGACCACCUGCAGUCCUUGGAAAUGGUGCCCAACCACCAGGGCCUCACCCCCUUCAAGCUGGCCGGAGUGGAGGGCAACACAGUGAUGUUCCAACACCUGAUGCAGAAGCGGAAGCACAUCCAGUGGACGUACGGGCCGCUCACCUCCACCCUCUAUGACCUCACGGAGAUCGACUCCUCAGGUGACGAGCAGUCCCUGUUGGAACUCAUUGUCACUACCAAGAAGCGAGAGGCUCGCCAUAUCCUGGAUCAGACCCCGGUGAAGGAGCUGGUGAGCCUCAAAUGGAAGAGGUAUGGGAGGCCCUACUUCUGUGUGCUGGGCGCCAUCUACCUGGUGUACAUCAUCUGUUUCACCAUGUGCUGCGUCUACCGCCCUCUCAAGCCCAGGACCACCAACAGAACCAACCCCCGGGACAACACCCUCCUUCAGCAGAAGCUGCUUCAGGAGGCCUAUGUGACCCCCAAAGAUGACGUCAGGCUGGUAGGGGAGCUGGUGACCAUCAUUGGGGCUGUGAUCAUCCUGCUGGUGGAGAUUCCGGACAUCUUCAGGUUGGGGGUCACUCGCUUCUUUGGACAGACCAUUCUUGGGGGACCAUUUCAUGUUAUCAUCAUCACCUAUGCCUUCAUGGUGCUGGUGACCAUGGUGAUGCGACUCACCAACACGGAUGGGGAGGUGGUGCCCAUGUCCUUUGCCCUGGUGCUGGGCUGGUGCAAUGUCAUGUAUUUUGCCCGAGGAUUCCAGAUGCUGGGCCCCUUCACCAUCAUGAUCCAGAAGAUGAUUUUUGGAGAUCUGAUGCGAUUCUGCUGGCUGAUGGCUGUGGUGAUCCUGGGCUUUGCAUCAGCCUUCUACAUCAUCUUCCAGACAGAAGACCCCGAUGAGCUGGGCCAUUUCUACGACUACCCCAUGGCACUGUUCAGCACCUUCGAACUGUUCCUCACCAUCAUCGAUGGCCCCGCCAACUACGACGUGGAUCUGCCCUUCAUGUACAGCAUUACUUACGCCGCCUUUGCCAUCAUCGCCACCCUGCUCAUGCUCAACCUUCUUAUUGCCAUGAUGGGUGACACUCACUGGCGCGUGGCCCAUGAGCGAGACGAGCUCUGGAGAGCCCAGGUGGUGGCCACCACAGUGAUGCUGGAGCGGAAGCUGCCUCGCUGCCUGUGGCCUCGCUCAGGAAUCUGUGGGCGCGAGUAUGGUCUGGGGGACCGCUGGUUCCUGCGGGUGGAAGACAGGCAGGAUGUCAAUCGGCAGCGGAUUCUACGCUACGCCCAGGCCUUUCAGCCGCAAGAUGUCCUCUGCUCAGAAGACUUAGACAAAGACUCAGGGGGAAAACUGGAGCUGGGCCGUCCCUUUGGUCCCUACCUGUCCUUUCCUACACCCUCUGUGUCUCGGAGCACCUCCCGCAGCAGCACCAACUGGGAAAGGCUUCGGCAAGGGGCCCUGCGCAGGGACUUGCGGGGCGUGGUCAACAAGGGCCUGGAAGAUGGGGAGGGCUGGGAGUACCAGAUCUGAGAGCAGAACCCCUCUGGACGCAACAAAACUGAGUCCCACCGGGAACAUGGAGUCAAAUGAAGGCCAAGGAAGGCAUGCUGGGAAACAAAACCAUCCUGGGUCUCUAGGACUUCUUCGGCUUGGGGCACAGAGAAGGGGGGGCACUGUGGUCUUCUCCUCACCCAGAGAAUGCUUCAUCCUCUUGUGAAAGUCCCACGACACAUCUGAGCACUUUAAGGGCAGGCUUGCCUUCCCAAGUACCUGUUUCCACCCCUGUGUGUCUUAAGUGGGAAAGCAGAGAGUCCUUCCCAGGACUCUCCAGACGGUGGGGGGCGGGGGCACUGGGCAUGCGGACAGGUGUAGGAGGGAGAGAGACCGGCUAGGCUGUCUCCCCACCUUCCAAUAAA